CCUAUGAGCGCCUCGGUGCCUCCUGGCAGCGCCGCGGGGGCGGUGCGGGCCGGGCCCGGCCGCGGCUCUCGCCGGUCGGCAGAAAGAGGAGAUGGUGUCUCUGAUGUGCUGCGCCUUUUGUUUUCCCGUCAGGUGUUCUCCCCCUGGCUUCCCAUGCCCUAUUACCAGGAGGAUUUCUUCAGAGAGUACCUCAAGAUGAUGGCGAAUAUGGUCAUCCUGAACUUGCUCAUUUGUAUUUCGCUGGCGUUCUGGAUCGUGUCCAUGACUGCAAGUACGUACUACGGUACUUUACGACCCAUUUCUCCAUGGCGCUGGCUUUUUUCAGUCUUGGUUCCACUAAUUAUUGCUGCACAGGGUUUUAAGAAGAAGAGUCUUGAUCACAGUGGUGCAUUGGGAGGAUUGGUGGUUGGAUUUAUCCUUACAGUUGCAAAUUACAGUUUCUUCUCUUCCUUGUUUGUAUUUUUUGUUACUUCUUCAAAACUUACUAAAUGGAAAAAAGAUAGAAAGAAGCAAAUAGAUUCAGAAUACAAAGAAGGUGGACAGAGGAAUUGGGUUCAAGUAUUCUGUAAUGGUGGUGUUCCUACUGAGCUGGCUCUCUUAUAUAUGAUAGAAAAUGGGCCAGGUGAAAUUCCUAUUGACUUUUCAAAGGAAUACACAGCAUCAUGGAUGUGCUUAUCCCUUUUGGGAGCUUUGGCAUGCUCUGCUGGUGAUACAUGGGCUUCAGAGAUUGGUAGUGUUAUGAGUAAAAGUAAACCAAGAUUGAUAACAACCUGGGAACAGGUUCCAGUAGGUACUAAUGGAGCAGUUACAUUAGUAGGCCUGCUCUCAAGUUUGCUUGGGGGCAUGUCAGUAGGUAUAGCCUACUUCAUAACACAACUCAUUUUUGUGACUGAUCUGGAAAUAUCUGCUCCACAAUGGCCCAUUAUUGUGUUUGGUGCAGCAGCUGGCCUACUGGGAUCAAUUGUUGAUUCAUAUUUGGGAGCUACGAUGCAAUACAGUGGUUUUGACCAGAACAUUGGAAUGGUUGUUAACCACCAAACAAAACACUCCAAGCACAUAUCUGGAAAACCUAUAUUAGACAACAACGCAGUAAAUCUUUUUUCUUCUGUAAUCAUUGCUUUGGUGCUUCCAGGCAUGGCAUGGUUUUUCUGGCCAAGGGGUUGAAAUGGUCUAAGGUUUUCUGCAUGUGAUUGAUGUAUGUUCAGUCUUACUCAAAGACUCGAAGGGAUUCUACUUGAACUCUGUUGAAGAGAGGGAUCUGGAACUUUCAGAGAGCCAACUUACUAAGGCUGUAAGCCUCACGUGGCAAUCAGCAUCUCUCAGGACUUGGAAGGCACUUUGUCAAUAUGCUCUUGCUGCUCUUCAGAUGGAUGUAGGUCAUUGCCAAGUGAAUUGAAGCAUUUGCUUCAUUUAUCUUCAUGGAGCUGAAGUGUUGGCAUCUGUGUUCUCUCCAGUCUUCAGCAUCUGGAAAGGCAAGAAGCUGGAAAUAGAAAUAUAAUCCGUAUCAGUUGGUGUGAUGGAGCAUUGUGGCUAUUGUCCAAACCAGACACAAAGUACACUGCAGCUUUAUAUAGGCAAUGGCAACAUGGUUGAAGUGGGCGAGUUCUGCUAUUUCCCAUAGUUUACAGUACGUAAGAUCUUCUGGAAGUAUUUGGACAGGGAAGAGAGAGUUAAGCCUUGUUGUCUAUUCGGUAUCCUGAUAAUAUCUCCACUUUCCUGAGAAUAGGAUUCAUAAAAGUGAUGCUGCUCCAUAAUGUCAAGCAACAAUCCAAAUUUAAAAUAGAAACUGACUAGCUGUUCCAGUAAGAAUAAUAAAUUUUUCUGUGCUUUUUUGGCAUCUUUAUUUCAAAACUAAUGAUAUUUAUGAAGAUCGUCAAUACUGUGGUAGUUAUUAAAUAAUGUAAAAUUAAAGAUAA